AUUUGCUUCCAUGCAGUUGGAUUUGUGAAGAGACUCCAGAUCCUCAAGUGAAAAAGUGAGAGAGACAUUUUGUAAAAGGCGAAGAGAGGGGUGAAGCGUUUGAGUGAGAAGGUUCCAGUCCUCUGGGAAAUAUGUUCCUGUUGCUGCUGUGCUGGUUUUUUGGAGCCGCUCUGAUUUUAUAUGCCUUGUAUUCUUGGAUCAUCCCAUCUGCUGUGCAGUACAAUGGCAGUCUUGCAUUACUCUGGCAUGAUGUCAUCGUUGAACGCGCUCUUGAUACUCUGACCAGGUCAUCUCGACCCCAGCGUCUGUUAAAAGCAGUACAAAAGCAUGCAACCCGAGGUGACCCUCACAGUGUGAUCUCAGCCAUUGAUCAUUUUUGCCGGCACAGUGAGUGGGCUAUGAACAUUGGAGAUGAGAAAGGCUCUCUCCUGGACUCAGUGGUGAGUGAAGUGAACCCAGAGAUGGUCCUGGAGUUGGGCACAUACUGCGGUUACUCAGCAGUGCGCAUUGCUUGCAUGCUUUCUCCUGGAUCACAUCUUAUAACACUGGAGUUCAAUGCAGAUUACGCAGCAAUUGCUCGACAGGUCAUUGCCUGGGCAGGUCUAGAAGACAAAGUCCAGCUCGUAGAGGGUGCAUCUGAAGAUUGGAUCCCACGCAUGAGGGAGCACUUUGGAAUUGAAACAUUUGAUUUAGUUUUUCUGGACCACUGGAAGGACCGUUACCUCCCUGACACAAAACUAUUGGAGGAGUGCCGCCUCUUGAGGAAGGGCACCGUUCUACUUGCUGAUAAUGUGAUCUGUCCGGGAACACCAGACUAUCUUCAAUAUGUGCGCAAUAGCCUUUCCUAUAAAAGCUGCUAUUAUAAAUCCCAUUUAGAGUACACCAAGGCAGAGGACGGCUUGGAGAAGUCUGUGUUUUUGGGCUAGAGACAUGCAACAAAUAGUGUGUGUUUUUAUUUAUUUUUUCUUUGCAUUAAGUGUUUAAAAGACCUAACUUGAGGUAUAUUUUGAACAAUUUAUCCAAUUUAUCAAACAAUUAGUCCACAGAAUUAGCUGUUCUUC